CUGGAGGGAGUAGCCUGGAUACGGCGUACGGAGUAUACUGUAGGUAGAUGUGGUUUCUGCCACCAUGAACAGGCACCAGUGAGUGUGAUGUUGUCAGUUGUCAGAUAGACAGAAGUGGACGGCGGCUCCGCCAUUCAACCAUGGCCCGAAAGGGAAUGACUUCCUCCCCCGGCCUUUCCACGCCGGCCACUCACUCACUCGGCUUGUCUGUCCUCUUCCUCUUCCUCUUCCUCCUCCUCUUCUUUUCCAUCGCAACUCAACGCCUCUGCCAUCGUCCGCCCUCUGGAUUGUGUCAAUUCUUUGGCCUCCUCCCCCCUUCCGUUCACCUCUCUCCCCCUCCGCUCAUCCUUUUCUCUUCUUCUCCGCCUUCCCACUUUUGUCCUCUCUUUCUCUCCUCCUCCCCCCCUCAUUUUCUCUGCUUAAUAUUGGGAUCCAAGAUCGCUUUAUAUUUUUUUUUCGCAUUUAAGCCCUGCAGAUAGCAAUUGAGCUUCUUCUUUUCUUGACCUCCCAUUUUUGGCCUACCGCCUGCCUCUAUACAUUUGGAUUACACUCGGUGUUAAUAUCCGGUGCUGUUCGACGUCCGUGUCAGCAGCCUAUUAUAAUUCCAUUGACGUCUCUUGCUUGACGGUAUGUCUCGCCCUUCAGGAUAUCAAUUGGCGAUCUUC